AUGGCUUUUGUAUUUUAAGCAGAGAGAACAGGAAUAGCAACCAAUAAUAGCGUAUCAUAAGAUGUAUAAUGAAAUUGAAAAGCUGUAGAUUGGACCUGGUAGUUAUAUAACACAUGAAUAUUAUAAGGUAAAGUAAGGAAAUGCUCCUUUUGAUUCUUUGGUUAGUAGAAAUGAAAGAAUUCAAAAUGAAAAUAUUCCUGGACCUGGAAGUUAUUAUUAGGAUGAUCAAUAUGAUUAGUAAUAUAUUUAAGAAUACUUAAGCAACAAUUAUGGUGUAUAACCUUCACCAAAUUUAAUGAAGUUAAAAGACAAAAAAUUAUAAUCUUCAAUAUUUGCAUCAUAAUCAAGACGCUUUGAUCAACCAAAUACAACGAUGACUCCAGGGUGGUUUAUAUAAAAAUUAAUUUCUUAGACCUGGAUCAUAUGAAACAAAUAAAGUUGAAAUUAAACCAAUUCAGUAGCAGUAUACAUCUUAAAGUUAUAUGGAAAUUUUAUAGAGUUUAAAUAGAUAUUAAUCAAUCCCUUCAAUUCCAACUGAUAAUUAGGUAUAUGGAUAUACAGAGAAAGGAGGUAUAUCAAUAAAAUAAAUAUUAUAGAACAUGAUUUAGAAUCUAAUAAGAAUCCACAACCUACAUAUUCAGGAAUAAAAUUAGAUACUGUUGGACCUGGAAAGUAUUAAAUCAAAGAUACAUUUGAAUAUAAUAAAAAUAAAGGAACUUGUUGGCAUAAAUCAAAAAGUCCUAGAUUAGCACCUUCAUUAUAAGAUAAAAAUUUGAGUCUAGGUCCUGGUAGUUAUGAUUCUAAUAGAUCAAUUACUCCACUUUAUAAAUUAAAUCCAUCAGGAAAUUUUUAAUCAAAAUCCACUAGAACUUUUGAUAAUUCUAAGGGUGAUAAACAAAAAUAAUUAAUGAAAAAUUACUUUGAUAAAUAAAAAGAAAAAUUAUUAAGAAAUCCUGGAUUUUAAGAUUUAGAAGAUGAAGAAUAUUAAUUUUGUGAUGUGAUUAAAAUUUUAAUAAAUUUAGGAAACUACUCCUGGUCCUGGUCAUUAUUUUGGUAAUACAUCAACUCUAUCAUAAUCAUCAUCAAAUUCUUUAUAAUCAAUAAAAUUUGGUAAAGAUUGUUUUGGAUCUAAAUCCAAAAGAUUUUAAGAAUAAAAAAUUAAUUAUUUAAUAGGGCCUGGAGAAUAUUAAUUAAAAACAAAAAAUAUAAAAUAAAAUAUUAUUUAACCUCCAUUUUUAUCAUCAAACAGUAGAUUUGAAUCAAAAUUAUUAGAUCUAAUGCCAGGCCCAUAAAGUUAUGAUCCUAAAAUUUCUGUAUUUAUUUUUAUUUAGUUAUAUAGCUUAAAGAAAAAUUAAUAAAAAAAUUAGAACAUACUCCUAUAGGAAAUUUUGGAAUUAAUGAAACUCGUUUCAAAUAAGAAUAUGACUAAAUACCAGGACCAGGAACUUAUGAUCAAAAUGAUAAGUAAAUUAAAGGGAUUAAUUCAAUAUUUAAAUCAAAAACUGAAAGAGGAAUUAAUCAUAAAUAGAUUUCAAAUAAUAAUCCUGCUCCUGGAUUCUAUAAUGUUAAAAAUAAUACUAUUGAGUAUGAUUUAAAAAAAAACGAAGAAGAAAAUUAAGAAAUUUAAUCAAAAGCUUUUGGAUCAUCUAUGCCUAGAUUUGAAAGAAAAAAAAAAGAGAUAUUUUAAGAUUAAUAAAAAAUUGACGAAGAUUAAGAUGAAGAACUCGGAAAAUUACAUAAUACAUCAGCUUUAUUUAAAAAAACUAAAAAUAGUUAAGUAGCUUUUAAUGUUAGGGUAAUAUUCUUUUUUUUAAAUAAUUUAGGAAAAUAGAUUCCAAAAAAUUAUGAAUGAUACAUAAAAAUUGGGUCCUGGUGAAUAUUUUAGUUUAAAGAGUGGUAAUUGGGAUAAAAAGAGUUUUAAUGUUAUAUUUUAAAAAAUGUGA